CAAUAACAACAACAACAGGCAGCAGCGCUCCUUCCCCGAGCUCCCCCGGCCGCAGCGCAGCGACAGCGGCGACCCCCAAAGUUGCGCGGAGGCGCGGCGAGAGCGAUGAGGCAAGAGAGAAGUUUUUAAAAACAGAAAAAUGUGAUUGCAGAAGCAUCAUUGUUGGCAGGAGGACUCGGUGGAUUCAGAUAUAACUGUAGGUGCUUCUUGUAUGAAAGAGCUGAGCCACACCAUCCAGUAAACUGUCUAAAGCAGCUGUUGGCUUGCUUGGAAAUCACUUCCAGAACUGUGUUGUAAGUUGAUAUCGACUGAGUUGCCAGCACAUUGCCCUGCAAAGCUUUGGAGGGCCACUUCUUAAUGGAUUGCUGUAGCCUCUUAAUUUCUCCGCUGAUCCUGUUCCCUGCAUCGUGAGAACAAUUUAGCCAGCACAGAACCUAGAAAAGUUACAUGGUGUGAACGGCAUGUCUGUGGAUGAGAAGACUGACUCCCCCAUGUAUGUGUAUGAGUCAACAGUGCACUGUACCAAUAUUCUCCUCUGCUUAAAUGACCAGCGCAAGCAGGAUAUUCUCUGCGACGUGACACUCAUCGUGGAGGGGAAGGAGUUCCGCGCCCACCGGGCUGUGCUGGCCGCCUGCAGCGAGUACUUCUUGCAGGCCUUGGUGGGGCAGACGGAAAAUGACCUGGUUGUCAGCCUGCCAGAAGAGGUCACUGUCAGAGGAUUUGGUCCGUUGCUACAGUUUGCCUACACUGCUAAGCUGUUACUCAGCAGAGAAAACAUCCAGGAGGUCAUCCACUGUGCUGAGUUCCUGCGCAUGCACAACCUGGAGGACUCCUGCUUCAGCUUCCUUCAGACGCAGCUGCUGAACAACGAAGAUGGCCUGUUCCUGUGCAAAAAAGAUACCACUUGUCAGCGCAUGCAUGAUGAGGAAAACUCGGAUGGAGAUGAGGAGGAGACGAUGGAAUCGGAGACGUCAAAAAUAUCUUGCCCAAGAGAGAGAAUGCACCAGGAACCCUUCAAUUUUGAAACCACCGUUGCUGGCGCAGACAAAGGAGAAGGGAUUCUGCCCAACUCUGACAUGCUGAGAGACAGCAAGGACAAUUUGGACAAAGAUGCAGUAACGCGGUACCCCAGAUACAAGAAAUACCAGCUUGCUUGUACCAAGAAUGUCUACAACACAUCACACAUCAGUACCUCAGGUUUUGCAAGCACAUUCAGUGAAGAGAGUUCUGGAAACAGCCUCAAAUCAGGACUUGCUAUGGGGCAGAUAAAAAGUGAGCCUCAGAAUGAAGAGAAUGAUGAAGAAAGCAUCACGCUUUGCCUGUCUGGAGACGAACCUGACAUCAGGGAUAAAGAAGGGGAUGUUGAAAUGGACAGGAAACAGCCAAGCCCCACUUGCGUCGACAGGCCAAAAAGUGGGUCUUCUCCUUCUUGCUUGCGGUCUUUCUUCAACAGAACAAAAAGCAUAGAUUUGGUUGGCUUCCCCAGCACUUCCCAACAGCACUUUGGCAGGAGUCCAGCGUGCCCUUUUGAAAAAGGGACAACUCAGGGUGACCACAAAACUGAUUACGUCCCUUUCACAGGGAACUACGGACAGUCCCAUGCCAUGCAAAAGGAUGCUUCCAACUUCACGGUGGGAUCGCCGCUCAGGGGGCCCGGCUUUGAAACUCUUUGUAAGCAAGAGGGGGAACUGGACAGGAGGAGUGUUAUAUUCUCUUCAAACGCUUGUGACCAAGUAAACACUUCGGUGCAUUCAUAUUCUGGUGUGAGCAGCUUGGACAAAGACCUCACUGAGACUGUGCCAAAGGGUCUGUGGGCUGGCGGUAGCCAGUCUCUCCCCAGCUCUCAGACCUAUUCCCACAGCGGACUGACAGCUGAUCACUUGUCAGGAAGGAUGCGGCCGAACACCAGCUGUCCGGUGCCAAUUAAAGUUUGCCCUCGCUCGCCUCCUUUAGAGACCAGAACGAGGACCUCCAGCUCGUGCUCUUCCUACUCAUAUGCAGAGGACGGCAGCGGCGGCUCUCCCUGCAGCCUACGUCUGUGUGAGCUCUCCUCUUCCCCUUGCUCCCAAGGCCCCCGAUUCCUGGCGCCCGAGCACCAGGAGCCCGGUGUGGUGGGAGAUGGAUUGUACAACCCAGUUCGAGCCCAGAUUAAAUGUGAGCCAUCCUAUGGAACAAACUCCAGCGAUGAGUCUGGGUCAUUCUCAGAAGCAGACAGUGAAUCAUGUCCUGUGCAAGACAGAGGACAUGAGGUGAAACUUCCUUUUCCUGUUGAUCAAAUCACAGAUCUUCCAAGGAAUGAUUUCCAGAUGAUGAUAAAGAUGCACAAACUAACCUCAGAACAGCUUGAGUUCAUCCAUGAUGUUCGCCGGCGCAGCAAGAACAGAAUUGCAGCUCAGCGCUGCCGCAAGAGAAAACUGGACUGUAUUCAGAACCUGGAAUGUGAAAUCCGCAAGUUGGUGUGUGAGAAAGAGAAGUUGCUCUCAGAAAGGAACCAGCUGAAAGCAAGCAUGGGCGAAUUGCUGGAUAACUUCUCGUGUCUUUCCCAAGAAGUGUGCAGAGACAUGCAGAGCCCGGAACAGAUCCAAGCCCUUCACCGCUACUGCCCCGUUCUCAGACCCAUGGAUCUGCAGACGGCCACCAACAUCAGCCCCCCAACGGGUGUGGAUCAGGGCCUGGCAACGUCGCAGUGUGUUGGGGAAGGCAUGCAGUGCUGCUCAGAGCAGGGCCCCGUGCAGCUGGGAGCAUCCUGGCUGCCCAACAACGUCUCAGAGAAUUGCUCGGCCAGCGGCGGGGGGUUGGAUGGAGCUGAGCCAGGUACUUACCCUGAGAGAGAGCUUCCGCGAGAGCAGAGUAGCCAAACGGUCACGGUAGACUUCUGUCAGGAAAUGACUGAUAAAUGUACAACAGAUGAACAGCCUAGGAAAGAUUACACCUAGUGACUUGUAACCUUACCGUUACACCUGGUCAGGUGUUCUUCAGUCAGCCAGUGGCAAUGCUCAUUUGUUGUCUAGAAGAACGUAUUUGGUGCACACUACAGUGGUCUUAGCAGCAAUACUGUUUUUAAGUAUUUCCUCCUCUCUACAAGCAGGAGUUAUCUUCACAAUGGUGCUAUCCCUUGCUCAGGCAGGGAAUUACACAGUGGCAACACUGUCUGUUUUUGUAUGUUGAUUUCAAUCUUAACAGGGAUGGACAUAACACCUCUGAGGACCCAACCGCAGCUUUUUUCUCAGUGGCCCAUGUCACAAAACCCUAACUCAGGAAUUUCCUCUGAAUGUUCAAUUUUUCAUUGAAGACAGCUUCUUUACACAUCAAAGUUUUAUAGCUAAACUGUAUAUAUUAUAUAUAAUAUAUAUAAAAUAUAUAUAUCCAUAUGCAAAAGUCCCUGCAUGCCUCAAUUUUUCUCAUCCUACAAACUGGAAGCUUUCAUUUAUAAUGUAUAAACAAGUUCCAACAUUCCUUUUUGUCUUCGAUGCUAGAACUAGUUUGGUAACUUGUUACACGAUUUUUUUUCUUGGUUCACAGUUCAGCAAUAUCAUUCAAUUUGUACUUAUUUAUAAAAUUUUAAUGUUGGAAUCUUAUUUGAGAUUUUAUUAUAGACAAUUUUUUUGGCACAGCCAUUUUGUGCCACUUGAGCAAUGUGGAUUUAUUUUAUUUUCUUGCAGAUACUGUACAGUAAUGGUCAACUUUGCCACUUGCACUGAGUUUCUGGUCAAACCUCUUUUCAUAAAUGAAGUUGUGACUUCAGUAUAACUUGAGUAUAUGGUUUUCUUUGCUUUAUGGCUUAAAGAAAAUAGAAAAGUUUUAGCUAAUAGACAAACACUCAGGAGCUCAUUACAUAGUAGAAACGGUCUUGCCAAAUACUGAAUUCACUAUACAGUUUGUAAAGAGAAUCUGCUUGAAUUAUUUUUGUAUUCAGACUUCUUUCUGUUUCACAAACCAAGCUUAAGUGCUGUUAAUGAUGCUUUUGGAUUCUUAUAGGGCAAAAUAUAUUUCACUCCUUAGAGAGAAACAUAUUUGACAACUGGAUCUGAUCACCAUUAAGUUCCACGAAAUAAAGUAAAUGGAAAUCACGUCAAUACACUUUGGCGGCUUCUUUGCCAGCCCCAGUCUGCAUCCUUUACUCACGGAAGCAGCUGCUGCUCCGAGUAGUAGUCCCUGUAGCAUCACCUCAGCUUUCCUCAGACCUUCCCCAGACCCGAGCUGCAGAGGUAGCUCUGGUGAAGUCAGGGAUCCUGCCUAGGUAGGAAGAGUUGCAGGACCAGACCCCCCCCACCACAGGCUCUGGUUUCCCUACAGAAGUCAAGUUAGCGCUGUACCCUCUAAGAGCAAGUCACACUCUGUUGGCACCCAGAUUGGUUGCUUGCCCUUCCAGUCCUGUGUUCCAGGAUCCACUCGUCCUACAGCAUUGCCUUCAGGACAAAUCGCAGCUAGAAGAGCGCUGUCUCAAAGGAGACUACUCAGUGAAUUGACUUAGUUGUCACUGCAUUGGAUUUGUAUCUGAAGCGAUGUUGAUUCAUGUUAUGACUGUGUGAGACAGCAGCUUUCCAAGCAUAACAUCUGUAUGUACAGUGUAGACAGAAAACGUCCUCCUAAUGCAUUUUUAAUAAUUAUUAUUAUUCUAAGUGUACUGAGUUUUUAUUUUGUGGUUCUUUGCCCUACGUGUGCCAGGUUGCGUGGCUUUAUCCUGGACGACAACUGUCAUGUGCUUUACUGGCUGAUACCAUUUGUUCUUGCUGAAAAAAUUGACCAGCUCUUCACACCUAUUUAAAAAUAAAUAAAUAAAAAUUGGGGGUAGCAGCUUCUCAGUGGCACUGAGCGAUACUGCGGUCUGCGCUAAAGUUUACACUUAGAGGUGUGCACUGGGGCUCUCUUGAGGCACUCAGUAAAUCAGCAGCUUGACCUUGGAGGAGGAAUCAGCUCCCUCUCUCCCUUCUCUCACCUUCAGCCUGUGCUCAUGGACGUCGCCCACUCGCCACAAAGUCUUGCUUUUGCCCUCUGCGCCCACACUCUUGUAGCCAAGCUACCGAGGAGGAAAUGCAUAUAGCAUGUGCCAUGUUUGUUGAAAAUACUUUUUUUCCCCGCAUGUACAAAGAAAAACUAGUAUAUAAUGUAGGAGAAUAUUUAUGUUUAAGUAUUAAUCAUUACUGUACAAAAUCCUUACCUUUACAUGUUCAAAAGUAUACGAAUGCCAUAAACUCCUAGUUCACAUGGCUGAGAAAGGGGGAGGUGUCGUUCUUUCUUUUUACAGGAGCUUAAGCUAAAAAUCUCUGACCCCCUCCCACCUCCCCUCUCGCAAGUAACUGUCUGAGAAGCUCCUGGGGGGAUCUGAUUUUCCUUUGAACUCACUGACGUUGCAAAGCAGUUCUGUGCUUCGCAGAGAAGUUUUGUUUCUAUGAGACCAUGGUGAAAGCUAGAAUUUAAAACUAAAUGUGAAUCACAUUAUAGAGUCAUAGCUACUUUGGGGGGUUGGGGGAGGGAGGGACGGGUCAACUGACACAGUAUUUUAAAGAUGUUUUUUCUGUUGCCUUUUUUAUUUUUAAGUGACCUCCUAUAUAUAUGAAUAGAUAGAAUGUUUUAUGAGCAUAAAACCAAGUUUUAACUUGCUUCCUGGCAUGAAGAUUUAUUCUACUAACAACUCAUGUGCAACUGGUACUCUUGACCUCAUUCCAGCGGUUUAAAAACCCAUCCUCACAACCAUUGCGCUGCAGCUCUCAGUUUGACCUGGCUUUCUACAAGUGCUGGGUCUCUUAAUUUUCUCUACCUUGGGAACUGAUAUAUAAAACCACUGCUCAGAUAAGCGUCUCUUCCUCAAUAUUCCUCUCCUCUUGCUCUCUUUUCCUCCCCUGUAAGCUUUUCUGGAUGUUUGAUUUCAUUCUUCCUCAUUAGAAGUGGCUGGUUUUGUGUCAUUGCUUCCUAUAUUUACAUGUAUCAUGGUUUUUCAGUGAGUUUUUUUGGUGGUGGUGGUUGGUUUUUUUUUGUUGUUGUUUGUUUGUUUGUUUCUAUUUUGUUUUUAGGUUAUUUUGCUGUUCUGAACUACAUGGCUCUCAAAGCUGUUACUGGGCUAACUUUAAAGGAAGGCACUGGGAGAAUUAGUUUCAGACCUGGACAUCAGUUGGCAUACCCAACUGCUCUUAUCAUGAUGUCAAAACAACUGAUCACAAGGAUACCAUUUGGAAAAACAAAACAAAAACUGACUGCAAUAUUUACUGAUUUGAAGAGUUUGGCUAAUGGUCACCAUGGUCUUAAGAAUCUCUUUGCAUUUGUCAAAGACAACACUUGCACAGCACCAGUCAUUGCAUAGGAGAGGUGUGAUGAGGCCCAUCCCUCUCCCUACUGGGUGCUGCAAAGCUCCAUGGGUAUCUGAGUCCUUCACUCUUUGUCCAGUCUGUAUCUAAUCCUCCUCUUCCUUUGCCAUUGCUCUACCUGUAUUGCCAAGAAACCUCAUUUCAUUUAGGCUUGUUAUGCUUUGUCAAGUGAGUACUACACUAUAUGAUGUGUUUGUUUCUCUGCGUUCUCUGGGGGUGCCUUGAACACAAUUAAAGCUCAUUGCAAGCUGAUUCUGGAACAAAAAGGUAGUGCAAAAAAAAGAAAAGAUUAAAAAAAACAAACCAACAACAGAGAAAACAAAACAGAAAAGAAACAAAACAAAAGCAAAAAUGUUGGCUGUCCUGUCUUAUCAGGAGAUCCCAGUAUUUAUAUCACAGACUUUCUAACAUACAAUGACUCAGGCGUCAGAGUUUGAUGCUGCAGUAUAAAACUAUUAUUUUAUAUAUUGUACUAGUAAUUUAUUAAAUGUCUUUCUAAGGGUAUAUGCUGCUUUUAAGAUGCACUAUAUUUUUGGAUCUAAUCCUUGUAUUAUUUUUCCCAAGGAAGUAAAAUGUGUUGCAAAGGCAAGCCAUGGUGAUUAGUAUGCUAACUGCUACUUCUCUUUAAAAAGGAGAGUGGGAACUAGAUAAAUAACUUAGCUAAAUGGAUUAACUGCUGCCAGAGGAAUGAUUAAUGCUGAUAGCAUGGUUGUUAAUCUGGAGUUCAACACUUUGUCAAGUCUGCAUUCUAAAGAGCGCUUAAAUAGGAGUUAAAACGCAUAGAUAGAUAUAGUUAGAUUUUUUAAUAUGUAACUUUAUGAUUGCCUAAUAAAAACAAAUCUGCAUGCUGGAAUCACUAUAAUCCUGUAAUAAAAUAAAAGCUGAUCCACUAGGAGAAAGCAUGAUGAAGCACUGUACUUCAGUCAACACAACAGCCUCACUCGUGUCACAUAAUGCACUGCUGUGGUUGUUGAAAAGAGCAAUGGGUUUCCAGAAUGAACCUCUAGUGAUUUUUUCAGUGAGACAAAGGGAGCGUUGGCCAGGUUUACGUAGCUUGCGUUUUGAUCCAUUUUGUUUCCUCUACUGCUGCAACAAGGAGCACUGCUUUCACCUUGUUCUGAUCCGACAUGCAUUUGGAGGUGUCUCUGGGUGAAUGGUGUAGCCCAUGCUUGUAGCGUUUUAAAAGUAUAUAUUUCAGAUCUAUCUAGAGAAGAUUUAACUUCAGUGUGAGCAGUGGAGCUGAUGGCCUUGCAAAAGGAGGGAUCUGCUCAGUAUAGGAGUGAGGUGAAACUAAAAUCAUUGCCAUAACGAACUGAUGCUCCCUUUCCUGCUAGAAAUUUUCUCAACAGGUUUUUGACUUCAUUUCAGUUUUGUCUCUGACAACCCAACCCAAGUUAAUUUUAUAUAUCUAUAAUACAUGUAUGUAUAUAUACAUACAUAUAGAAUUCUAGUCAAAGUGUGUGUUUGUGUAUUUUCCUGUUUAUAAUACCUAUAUGUAUAUUUAUAAUACUCCUCAGAGUAUUUUGUGACUCAGGCAUCAGAUCUGAUGCUGCAGAAUCCAAUAUAUGUGUAUAUGCAUAUGUUCAAAUACUGUGUGUAUAUUUAAAAGAUCUACUGUUGGUGGUCUGUAGAAUAAUUUUUCUCUUUACUCUCAAAAUGUUAAUGGCAUUACUUGCAAAGACUAAAUGUACAGUAUUUUCCUACACUCCACCAAGAUAGGUAUUAUUUAUAUCAAAGUCAAAUAUUGAUAUGCAUUUUAAGAUAUUACACAUACAGUGUUGCCAUUUUUGCAAAUAAAACCACUUUUUGGCAGGAAGGAAUCCUAAAAAUACCUUUUCAUAAGGUAAUGACCCCCAACAAACAACUGCUGAAAACCCAGCUAGAUGACUCCUGUUCUUGUAUGACUUUUGUGGGAAGACCCCUUUCCAACUUUGAAACGAUUCCUGCAGGGCUGCUGUUGUCCCUUUGGGCUCAUGGAGAGCAUCCUAAAGCAGAAAUGGCAGCUGGCAGUGUUGGAGUUCACUGACUGCAUAGAAGCAGAGAUGGGUCCAGGCUACAAGCCCAGCCAACCUCUCGUUUUGGGGAGCCAGGGCUGUCAGCAGGGCUCAGCCCCAUAGCGAAGGAGUGUGGUCCCAGGACACACAGAAUUUGCACAGGAUGCUGGUACCUUGUGUUUGUGAUAUACAUGAGAGAAAUGUGCAUGCUCUAGAUACUGUUUCCACUACUGGUUGUGCUCUGACCGAAGCUAUCUGGAUCCCGCAGACUGGCAGGAACUAUACUAAACACUUUGGUGAUAUUUGAUGCGUGUCUGUUUACCACUGAUUUCAACAAUCACCUUUGAUUUCAAGGGUGGGGAUGCCCUAAGAGUUUGUUCCAGAACCAGUUGGUUACAAGUGCACCUCUUAUAUAUGCCUUACAAACUUCAGAGGCCAUAUUCAAAACAGGGUUUUAUCAGUGUAUGCAAGGGGGUGCAGCCCCUCUUCUCUUCCUCCCCAGGUCAAACAGAAUGGACAGUUUUCACACAUAUCUACCUGUAUAACCCUCUGUACCUCUCAUAACUGGUCAAUGACUGUAACAGGUUACAUCAGGUGUUUUUUCUACAUACUUUUUACACAAAUUCUAUGCGAUUAAUGUAACUUAAUUCAAUGCAUCAUUUUAUUGUACUAGUUCUUAAGCUUGUCUUUAUUUUUUUUCUAGGUGACUGUGGUUUCUUGUGAUUUUUAUUGUAUAAAUAAAUGAGGUGGCUGUUGAUGCUUACUCUCUGUUACUAAGAAUUUUUACCUUUUUGGAAGAAAGCAUUGCUAUGAACUAAUGAAUUUAAAACGUCAUUUACUCAUUGUAAAUACAGUAUUGUGCAAAAAACAAAAAUGAAAAAAAAAAAGCACCCGACCCUUUUCAUUCAUUUGAAUUGCUAGUGUUAACUGAAUUUUGUCUAGACACCAUUUCUGUUGAUGAAAUAAAGACAUAUCAUUA